AUGGAUUCCGAUGAAAUUUUAUCAGCACUUGAAACCGAAUUUGAAGAUUCUGGAAGUGAUUUUAUUCCUAGUGAUUUAUCUGAUUCUUCUGAUGAAUCAAUAGAAGAUGUUAUUGAAAAUAGUCAAUUUGACUUUGAAGAUGAUAUUGAAGAAAAUUCAAAUAACGAACAGACUACGGAAAUGCAAACUGAUCAAUGGUUUGAUGUUUCAAAAAUGAUUGUGCGAGAAACAAAUAGACAAGCCAAAAAAUAUAAAAGAGAUUGGGUGGAUACUGACCAUUUAGAGAUAAAGAAAAUGUUGGCCAUAGUCAUGAAUACAGGACUAGUCACUUAUCCAAAAUUAAGUGAUUACUGGUGUCGAAAAUUGCUAUAUAAAAACUCUUACAUUCCUUUACUGAUGCCUCGAAAUCGUUUUCAACUUUUGUUGCGAUUCUUUCAUUUAGCUAAUAAUGAUGAAAUUUUGGAUCAUGAUCGAUUAGGCAAAAUUAGACCUUUAGUAGAUAUGUUGAUGAAAACGUACAAUGAUGCUAAGAUUCCUGGUGAGAAUGUAGUUAUAGAUGAAUCCAUGAUACCUUUUCGAGGCAGGUUGAUUUUCAGACAGUAUUUACCUAAUAAAUCAUCAAAGUAUGGAAUAAAAUUAUACAAAUUAUGUGACUCUAUAGGAUAUACAUAUAAAAUAAUUGUACAUAGUGGAAAAGAUUCUAAUUUAUCUCUUCAGACAAACUUUCCUGCUGCAGGAAAAGUUGUUAUGGAAUUAAUGGAUGGAUAUUUAAAUGAAGGCAGGACUUCAAUAAUUGAUAAUUUUUAUACUAGCUUAAAAUUGGCACAUACAUUACUCCAAAACAAUACCCAUAUGGUAGGUACACUAUGA